AUGUUGUUCCAAAUUGUAUUCUACAUAUUUGUAAUUAUUAUCCUAGUCACUAUUGCUAUUAUCUAUUUAAAAAUAAUUCGCCCUGAGAAAUAUAUCUAUGAUAUAUUUCGUGCACAAGGUAUCAAGGGUAAACCAUUUGUGCCUUUAAUUGGUCAACUUCCUGAAAUCCGUCGAUAUCGACAGAAUGACACAUUUAUGGCUUUUCUUGAAUCUUUAGCACAAAAAUAUGGAAAUAUAUGUUUAUUCUGUUUUGGUCCAUUAACACGUCUUGUCGUUAGUGAACCGGAUUUACUUGCCGAUAUAUUUAGUCGAACAAAUGUACAAAAUUAUACUAAACCACCUUUAUUUGAUACUGUCUUGGUUCCUAUUAUUGGUAAACAUAAUUUAUUAGUAGCUGAAGGUGAUGAACAUGAACGAGCACGACGUAUGAUUAAUCCUGCUUUUUAUCAUACGAAUCUUAAAUCAAUGAUUCCAAUUAUGACCGAUCAAACUGCUAAAACUAUUCAAAGACUUUUUCAAACAUCAACUUUAGAUCAACAAGAACAAAUAUCAAUUGAUCUACAAAAUCAAUUUAAUGCACUUACACUAUCUAUUAUAGCAUCGAGUGCAUUUGGUACAUGUGUUGAAACAAUUACAAAUGCUCAAGAGAUUAUUAAUAAAACAUUUGGUGAAGUACUUGAAGCUAUUCUCUAUCGUUCAUUACAUAUGAUUAAUCAAAUACCUUUUAUAUCAAAAUUUCCUUUCUGGAAGAAAACUAUUGUUGAUAAUGGAGGUCGAAUGAUAGCUGAGUUGGUUGAUAAAAUAAUUGCUGAUCGACGACAAGGACAUUCAAGUAGUCUAUCUAAUGGUCCUGAUCUUCUUGAUUUACUUCUUUCAGCUGUUGAUAAUGAAGGAAAACCAUUUUCUGAUCAAGAAAUUAAAGAUCAAGCUCUUACAUUUGUAUUAGCUGGAAGUGAAACUACUGGUAAUCUUAUGACAUGGAUGUUUUAUGUUUUAAUGACUCAUGACGAUAUUUUUGAAGCUUGUCGAGAAGAAAUCGAUAGAGUUUUACCUAAUGGUAUAGAACCUACGAAUGAAAAUCUUUCAGAAUUAGUCAUAUGUGAAGCUAUAAUCAAUGAAACACUUCGUCUUUAUCCACCGGCUGCAGUCUUUACACGUUAUUGCAUACGAGAACAUACAAUUGGCAGUGAGAAUAAAUUACGUAUACCCGUCGGAGCAACUAUUAUUGUGAAUAACUAUGUUCUUCAUCGUCGAAGUGAUUUAUGGCCUCGCUCAGAAGAAUUUGAUUAUACACGUUGGAUGCGUGAUCCUAAAACAGGUUUGAAACCAAAAUUACUUCAUCCAUUUGCUUUUCUACCAUUUGCUAUCGGUCCACGUAAUUGUAUUGGACAAAAUUUUGCUAUAUUAGAAGCAAAAAUUAUUUUAGCUAUGUUUGUUCAACGAUGUAACUUUGAAAUUAUACCAGGACAAAAAAUAGUACCGGAUUUAAAAAUUACAAUGCGACCAAAAUAUGGUCUUUUAGCAAAAAUUAGUAGACGAUAA